AUAAAGCUCCCAUUGAGAACCAACCACGUUUCCUUCUUGGCUUUCCGGGACUCCUCCUUUCCAUGAAAAUGUAACCCACGAAAGCAAAACAUCGCCGCCCACAUCCAACCCCACCCAAGCUUUAUCUCCCACACAAAAGUGAAAAGGUGACAGCAACUGUUGAUGAAUCUAACGUGAGACAUUCUAGUACUCUUUUGGUAAUGUACCAGGAAGUCAUUGUGUGGACUCAACCCAAUGACCUAUGACAAGUUCUGAGCUCAGAAGCACAAGUUCCGCGCAGCUUCUACGUCGCGACCGGCUCCGGCCGCGUAUCGUCCGUAAAACGCGUCUAUCGAAUGUUCAUAGACCGUCGUCGGACGUGGAAAUGAAAGGGGAUAAGGGUGGAGGGAAGAUUGUCGGCCAAGUAGAGGAAGUGAUAAGUAACAGAGAGACUUAGCUUCCUGGGAAAAGCGACGGAAACGCAAGAAACUUAACGUCACUCUUUUCCUCCACGCCACAAACGUGCCUCCUAAGCUCAUUCUCUCAAUCUCCUGGCUUUAUAAAAGCUCCAAUGCACUUCCCCCCUUCCCCAUUCAAAAAGCCCCGAACCGGCAUCGACUUCGCGAAAACCGAACUCGGUAUCGGCAUUCGCAGACUGGAUUAGUCGAUCGAUCAACUGAGCAUUUCGUUUCCAGGCCGCAACGUUGAGAAGCUGGUCAUAUGGAUCAGCGCGAUUCGCUAGAGAGCGAAGGCAGCGUCAAGUUGCAGAUUUCCGAGUUUUGCAGGCUCGGUGAUGCUUGCAGCUCGAGCACCACCAUCUUUGAGCCGCGGAACAGCAUCGAGAAGAGAGACAGCAGCAAUGCAGGAUCUGUUUCUUCGGCGAGGCCGGCGUUCCACGCGCCGGAAAAGAAACUCACACUGUUUGCCCUUCGCCUUGCGGUGUUCGAGAAGGCCGCGACUGACCUAGGGACGCUUGGGUUCAUCUGGGCGACCGUGGUCCUCCUCGGCGGGUUCGCCAUCACUCUGGAUAAAACCGACUUCUGGUUCAUCACCAUCAUACUGCUGAUUGAGGGGACGCGGAUCUUCAGCCGCAGCCACGAGCUCGAGUGGCAACACCAGGCGACUUGGUCGAUCGCUGACGCGGGCAUCAACAGCUUCCGCGCGCUCAAAUCGAGCUCGCACUUCCUGAUCAAGAGCUUCAAAACUGCUUUUCGUCCCAUUUCGUCCGCGGUUCAGAAGAGAAGGCAGCAGCAGAGCAGGGGCAUAGCGGCACAAUUUGCAGGCUCGCCAAACACGAACGGCAUCCAUCGUAAACCGACUCGGAUGUGGACGUCCUCGGACGUUCCGCUCCUGCCUUACGGCAAAUGGGUGUUCCUCUCCAGGAACGUGAGCAAACUGCUCUACUGGCUUCAGCUCCUAUCGGCGACGGCCUGCGUGGUCCUAUCCCUGAUGAAGCUCAUCGAGCACAACUACGGUGAAGUUGCGAAAGGCGACACCGACAAGCGAAACCGGAAAGCCGCCCUGACCAUCUUCUACUCGCUGGCCCUGGCGGAAGCCCUGCUGUUCCUGAUGGAGAAGGCCUACUGGGAGUUAAAGGUGAGCUUCUGCAAGAUCCUUGAGGAGGUGACCCGGGAGUGCGAAUUGGGGAAAUCGGGCCUGAUCGCGGUCCGGCGCUUCUUCUACGACUCCUACUCGCGGUCUGUCAACGGGAGCAUCUUCGACGGGUUGGGAAUGGACAUGAUCACAUUCUCGAUGGAGCUGCUUGACUCGAACUCCCCUGACGAGCAGCUCAUCGGGGUGAGGAUCCUCCGCCAGUUCGCGACGAACAGCCGGUUCUCCGACGACACCCUCCGCAAGAUUGGGACCAACAUAUCCGUGAUCGAGCGGCUUGUCGAGAUGCUGAACUGGAAGGACCCACAGGAGGAGGAGAUCAGGCAGUCAUCCGCGGAGAUACUGUCGCAACUCGCCGGGAAGAAGCGGAACGCACUCCGAGUCUCCGGAAUCCCCGGCGCGAUGGAAUCGAUCUCGUCGCUCCUCGAGAUGAGCCGGCCCUCCACCACCUCGGCGGACGAGAUCGCGGAGAAGAUGAUAGUCUCCUCCUCUGACGCCGCCGCUUCUGUCGGUGGCCACACGAGCUACGGAUUCGACACGUUCAACCACCUUGGGCUUCUGAUACUGAAGAAACUAGCCCGGGACCACGACAACUGCGGCAAGAUCGGGAACACGAGGGGGCUCUUGCCGAAGAUCAUCGACCUCACGCAUGCCGACGAGAGAAUCCUGAGGGACGCGACCGCCGCGAGUUCUCAGGUCCUCACCAUGAAGCGGUCGCUCCAGGUGGUGAGGAUGCUGGCAAGCACGGCAGGGGCGACCGGGAAGCAGCUCCGGAGGGAGAUAUCGGAGAUCGUGUUCGCAAUCGGGAACGUCCGGGAGAUCCUCCGGCACGGCGAGAGGUACCCGGAGAUGCAGAGGCUUGGGAUCGAGAUCCUGACAAGCCUGGCGCUGGAGGAGGACACGACAGAGCGGAUCGGGGGGACGGGUGGCGUGCUGAGGGAGCUGCUGAGGAUCUUCCUCAGCGGCGGCGGUGGCGGGGGAGCGGCGGUGGCGGAGGACAAGGCAGGGAGGAGGGUGAGGGUGGCGGCCGGGGAGGCGGUGGCGAUGCUGGUGCUGGAGAGCGAGAGCAAUUGCUGGAGGGUGCUGAGGCUGGGCGUGCUGGAGAGGCUGGUGGAGGCACUGGGGGCGCCGCUGCUGCGGGUGAACGCGGCGAGGAUCUUGAGGAACUUGUGCGCGUUCGGCGGCGACAGCUGCUUUGAGAUGCUCCGGGGAGCCGCCGCCGCCGCGCCCACGGUUCUGGAGGCAAUAAUGUCCGAAGAGAACAAGCCGCAAGAGGUGAUGGUCGGGCUAGCAGCCCAGGUCUUCAGAUACAUGACAAGCAAGGAGUCAAGCGCCGUGUUCGAGAGGGCCGGGAUACGGGAGACCGAGCUGGCCGACACCCUCGUCCAGAUCUUGAGGAAGUACCGGUACCCGCCGAUCAAGGUACCCAGGAUACGGCGGUUCGCCUUAGAGCUGGCGAUUUGGAUGAUGACGGACAAGGAGACAAACGUGCUCACCUUCCAGGACCUCGGGAUGGAGGGAGAGCUGGAGCGCGUGCUGGAGACCACGUCGGAGGUCGAGAGCUUCAACAUCUUCUCCGGCACGGUCGGCGUGAGCCGGCAUCACAUGACCAUUCACUCCUUGGUCGAGCUGGCGUUGAAGCUUUUGGCGGACGGCUGAAUUCAAGUCAAGAGAGAUGGAACUUUGUAAAUACCUAAGCAUAUACACAAAUGAGAGGAGAUUCUUUCUUUUGUUGGCAACAUGUUGAUCUUGUUUUCUCUAGUGUUGACAUGAUUCA